UCUGGCGUUAAUCGGGGAGAUUUGGUAUACUUGCACUUCAACUCGAUCAUAUUGAUUUUAUCCAUUUUCGCAGUCCUCAUUUGAGCUACCCCUGAUUGCCACGAUUUGCCACGUAUCAUUUUGGUACUGGUAAUAUGACAACAAUAUCGGAAUUAUGGUUCGGAAUCGAAAAUCACCCUAAAAUACUGGAUAUCGACCUGAAAAGUUUUAUCCGAACGAGAUUUACGUUUGUAAUUUGGCCGCUUUUUCGUCUCUCCUCUGCUUAUCAACCGUCCAGCUUCUCUACAUUUUCCAAUUUCACUGGAACGAAGACCUCUAUCUCUCUCAAUUCGUUGGACUCGAAGCGAUGCGAUUUUGGCUUCUAUCGAAUCUGGGCGGAUUUCGUGCUGGGACCCAUUAUCUAUACAUCACCAGUGACGAUUCUCGCGGCGACUAAUCGAUCCGUCGGUGUGAUCUCCAACUGCUUAUUCUGUGCUGUGGCGAUUGGCUCGAUGGUUUUCACUGCGAAAUGCGAUCGGCAGAAAUAUGAAUUCCGGAAAUCUAAAGGAACGCUGAAAGUUGGAGGAGUUGAUGCUUUUUUAUUAGUGCAAAGUAUCGAACUGACUCCGGAGAUGCUAAUACUAAUAUUUUACUAGGCAGUGGCCAUUGGGGAGUAUGCAGGCAUCCCAACUAUGCCUCCGAAGCCAUCACAUUCGCCGCUUUCUCUGCAUUUCAAGGCUUCCCAUCCACCAUUGCUCACAUCCCAUCCUUAUUCGUUAUCCUGUUCCUUGUUGCACGAGCUUUCACCGAUGAGAAUCGAUGCCUGAUCAAGUACGGGCAAUACUGGGCACAGUAUUGUUCGAAAGUUAAAUACCGGUUUCUUCCUGGCGUAUUCUGA